AUGACCCAGACCCUCAAGAUCGCCUCUAAGAUGUUCCAUCGAGUUCUCUUGGCACCCCAGCUGGGCUCAAAAGGAGCGGACUCAGCGCCCCGGAGCUUGGCAGAUAUCCCAGGCCCCUCUACACCCAGCUUUCUGGCUGAACUCUUCUUCAGUGGAGGGCUUUCGCGGCUACAUGAGCUGCAGGUGCAGGGCGCCGCGCGCUUCGGACCCAUGUGGUUAGCCAAUUUUGGAACCGUGCGCACAGUGUACGUGGCCGCUCCUGCGCUCCUGGAGCAGCUGCUGCGACAGGAAGGGUCCCAGCCAGAACGCUGCAGCUUCUCGCCCUGGACUGAGCACCGGCGCCGUCGACAGCGGGCUUGCGGACUGCUCACCGCGGAAGGUGAAGAAUGGCAGAGGCUACGCAGCCUUCUGGCUCCGCUCCUCCUUCGGCCUCAAGCGGCUGCCGGCUAUGCUGAAACCCUGGACAACGUGGUCCAUGACCUUGUGCAGCGACUUCGGCGCCAACGGGGACGGGGCACCGGGCCAUCUACCCUGGUUCAGGACGUGGCGGGAGAGUUUUACAAGUUCGGACUAGAAAGCAUAGCCGCGGUGCUGCUGGGUUCGCGCCUUGGCUGUCUGGAGGCUGAAGUGCCUCCGGACACGGAGACUUUCAUCCGCGCUGUGGGCUCUGUGUUUGUGUCAACGCUACUAACCAUGGCGAUGCCAAACUGGCUGCACCACCUAGUGCCGGGACCUUGGGGCCGCCUCUGCCGAGACUGGGACCAGAUGUUUGCAUUUGCCCAGCAGCACGUGGAGCGGCAAGAGGCUGAGGCGGCCAUGAGAAACCAGGAAAAGCCUAAGGAUGACACGGAACCAGGGGCACAUCUGACCUACUUCCUGUUCCGAGAAAAACUGCCUGCUCAGUCCAUCCUGGGAAAUGUGACAGAGUUGCUACUGGCCGGAGUGGACACGGUAUCGAACACGCUUUCCUGGGCUCUGUAUGAACUCUCUCGGCAUCAGGAUGUCCAGCAGGCACUCCACUCCGAGAUCACAGCUGCCCUAGGCCCCAGUUCUGAUGCUCACCCCACAGCUACUCUUUCCCAGCUGCCCCUGAUGAAGGCUGUGAUCAAAGAGGUGCUGAGGCUAUAUCCUGUGGUACCAGGAAAUUCCCGUGUCCCGGACAAAGACAUUUGUGUGGGGGACUACAUUCUCCCCAAAAAUACAUUGGUCACUCUGUGUCACUACGCCACUUCUCGUGACCCUGCCCAGUUCCCGGAACCAAACACUUUUCGUCCAGUUCGCUGGUUGGGGGAGGGUCCAGCCCCCCACCCAUUUGCAUCUCUCCCCUUUGGUUUUGGCAAGCGCAGCUGCAUUGGGAGACGCCUGGCAGAGCUCGAGCUGCAAAUGGCCUUAGCCCAGAUCUUGACCCACUUUGAGGUGCUGCCUGAGCCAGGUGCUGCCCCAAUCAGACCAAUGACUCGGACUGUCCUGGUACCGGAGAGGAACAUCAACCUACAGUUUGUGGACAGAUAA